UCCAUAAAAAAAAAACUACCGGUAAUCCGAGAGCCGUCAAGCCUCCCAGCUGACAGACAGUCACCUGUAUCGUCUUCCAGCACACAAGUUGUACUCUAUUUGAAUGUUUCCUUUGUUUGCGCUGAGAUUCAGUUGGGAGUCUGGAUAUGUUCUUUAGUUUCACUAAAUCAAGCGCCGCGUGAGCCAAGGAGAUUCAGUCUGAGCAUCAGCGCUCAGAACACUCUUUCACAAUGUCGGGUGUGACGCUACAGAGCAGCUCUCUUCGGGGUCUGGCUGAAGGGGACCUGAUGGACCCUGAGUUUCAGCAGCGUGUAGAGGAUGCGAUUGCUCUUCUCCGACAGGAGAUCCAACGUGAGCUGAAGAUCAAAGAGGCGGCUGAGCGUCUACGCCGAGCAGUGACCAACCGCAAGAAUGCUGCUGAUGUGGAUGGUCAGCUUAGAGCCUCCAGCCGCAAGCUCGAGCAGCUCCACUGGGAGCUCCAGGAGCUCAAUGCACGUGCUAUGGCCACACAGAAGGAGAAUGUGAUUGAUGAUGCCACCUCCCCAGACCCGUGCCAUUGGGAAGAAGUCACGUCACCUUUGGGCAGUCAUGUCCGCACACUGAAAAAACAGCUUACCAUGGAGCUCAAAGUGAAGCAAGGAGCUGAGAACAUCAUCCAGACUUACACCAACAGUUCUGUCAAGGAUCGCAAGAUGUUGUCCACAGCCCAGCAGAUGCUCCAGGAUAGCCGGACGAAAAUCGAGCUGCUCCGCAUGCAGAUUGUCAAAGUCACACAGGCCAGAGAGGGAGAGAGAGAGACCACGCAGCAAGAAGGUCGCCCUUCUGAAACAAUCAGUCCUCUUGAGCUGCGGGUGGAGGAGCUCAGGCACCAUCUAAGGAUUGAGGCAGCUGUGGCAGAAGGUGCCAAAAAUGUGGUCAAGCAGCUUGGUGUCCGUAAAGUGCAGGACCGACGUGCUCUGGCGGAAGCUCAGGCCCGUUUGCAGGAGUCCUCACAGAAACUGGACCUGUUGCGUUUGUCUCUGGAGCAGCAGCUUGGAGAACUUCCCCAGGACCACCCUAAACGAGCUGCUAUUAAAGAGGAGCUGACAGUGGGCUCCUCGCCUGGCAUUGGGUUGCAGAGGGAACGCCUGCGCUCUUCAUCUUCAGCAUCCUCUUCUCUCUUUAAACCAGCUAGCCUGACAGGGAGACUGGAGGUCAGGCUGAUGGGUUGUCAGGACCUGCUGGAGUCAGUUCCAGGCCGCUGUCGAGUAAGCAACAUGUCCUCCGCUCCUGGAAGUCCAUCUGACUCCAAAUCACUAAGAAUGAGAACCGGCCUUUCCACUCGCAGCACCAACGGCAAGACCACCAAGACCGAUGAACUGUCAUCCGAAAUCAGUGCUGUGUUGAAGGUGGAUAACAAGAUAGUUGGUCGCACGCAUUGGCGGCCACUGAGUAAGGAUGCCUGGAACCAGAGCUUUAGCAUCGAACUGGAACGGUCUCGAGAACUGGAGAUUGCUGUGUACUGGCGAGACUGGAGGUCCCUGUGUGCCGUGAAGUUCCUGCGUUUAGAAGACUUUCUAGACAACCAAAGGCACGGCAUGUGUCUGUAUUUGGAGCCGCAGGGCACACUGUUCACAGAGGUGAGAUUCAUCAAUCCUGUCAUUGAGCGGCAUCCUAAACUACAACGACAGAAGAGGAUAUUCCCAAAAGAAAAAGGAAAGAAUUUCUUACGGGCAGCACAGAUGAAUAUGAACUUUGCAACCUGGGGGCGUCUGAUGAUGAGUGUGUUGCCCCCCUGUAACAGCACCAUUACGGCCCUCAGCCCCCCGCUGCCCGGCUCAGAGCCGCUAUCCCCUCCAUCUGUGUCCACACCACUAUCCACAGGAGACUCAGCAGUUGUUAAACUGAAUUUCAGCGAAGAACGGCCCACCAAGCCUCCGCGCCUUCACUUGGCAAAGAACCCUUCGGCUGAUGAAUCACUUUCUGGGACUCCUGCCAAAGUAAACUCCACUGAGGACCGCCGAGUUCUCCAAGCCAGGCCUGCAUCCCAGCCUACACCUCAGAGGAAAGAAGGGAUGCAGAUGGAGGACUUUAACUGCAUUUCUGUAUUAGGAAGAGGGCACUUUGGAAAGGUCCUUCUGGCUGAAUUCAAGAGGACAGGGAAACUUUAUGCCAUCAAAGCCUUGAAAAAAGGCGAUGUUGUGACCCGGGAUGAAGUGGACAGUUUAAUGUGUGAAAAGAGGAUUUUUGAGACCAUCAAUGUGUCCCGACAUCCUUUCCUGGUGAACCUGUACGGCUGCUUCCAGACGCCUGACCAUGUGUGCUUUGUGAUGGAAUAUUCUCCUGGAGGAGACCUGAUGACCCACAUCCACAACAACAUCUUCUCUGAACGCCAGGCCAGGUUUUAUUCUGCAUGUGUAUUACUGGGCCUGGAGUUUCUGCACCAAAACCGGAUUGUCUAUAGGGAUCUUAAGCUGGAUAAUCUGUUAAUGGAUUCUGAUGGCUUUGUGAGAAUUGCAGAUUUUGGACUUUGCAAAGAAGGUAUGGGAUAUGGUGAUCGUACGUCAACCUUUUGUGGCACUCCAGAGUUUCUUGCUCCAGAGGUUUUAACUGACAGCAAUUACACCCGUGCAGUGGACUGGUGGGGUCUGGGUGUGCUCAUCUAUGAGAUGCUCGUUGGAGAGUCUCCAUUCCCCGGUGAUGAUGAAGAGGAGGUGUUUGACAGCAUAGUGAAUGAUGAAGUGCGCUACCCCAGGUUUAUGUCUCCAGAGUCUGUCUCCGUUAUCCAAAAGCUGCUGCAGAAGAACUCUGAAAAACGACUGGGGGCAGGAGAGCAAGAUGCCAACGAAGUCAAGAAACACCGGUUUUUCCAGGGCAUUGACUGGGAGGCUCUGCUGGCCAAAAGAGUCAAACCUCCAUUCCUGCCGUCAAUUAAAACAGCAGCGGACGUCAGUAACUUUGACGAGGAGUUCACGCGCCUCAAGCCUGUCCUGACUCCUCCACAGACGCCGUUCUUCCUGAGCGCCGAGCAGCAGGAGUUCUUUGCAGACUUCGACUUCUCUGCCCUGCACUGACUUCCGCUCCAUUACACUCGGAUGGGGUUGUGACAUAUCAAAUCUCUUCUUCCUUUUUCUCUCUGUCUUCUUCGUCCAGAUAUUCUGUCACUUGAGUUACGCAGUCAAAUCAAGUGAAGCUGGCCCCGUCUCACCCUUUAAAAGCUGCUUCUUGUGAAUCUGGCUGCAAAUGUGCGCUUGCGCUCCAAAGACGGUCCAGUCCGGACGUUAAAACCAAGAGGAAACCCUACGAUCAGCACUGUGAGUAAACUCAAAUCUGCUCAGCUUUUAAACUGCCCACCCUUGACAUUCACACAUGCAGUAAUAAGUGAUAUUUUGGGGGUUCCACUGCUUAUGGCGUGCAGAAACACCCAUGUGAUGUUUAUUUUCGCUCUGACCAGCUAAAAUAGAGAAGUCUUCCUGUUACACUGAACUUUGAUGCCAAAAUAUACUUGCACUGUCGCCGAACAGAUAAUGAUUGUCAGAUUGAGACGGUUGUGCUGUCUGCUUGGUUGUUUUUAAGGAUUUCUGAUGUUGCGCAGAUCUGAGUGAUACAUCUUAAGCUCCUUAACUUCCCGACUGUAACUGUCGAAGUGUGUGCUAAUGCAAAUUCCUCCGCGCUCAGUCUAUGCGAUGUACGUUCAUGUUAAAGCCUCACAUUUUGAUCUCUGGCUGUCCCUAAUCUGGAUUUGAUUUAGGAUUGGUGCCCCAGAUAGACGUUGCUCCUUGAUUUUCUCUUUUUUUUUUUGGACUUGUUGUCAACUUUCCACUGUACUUGCUUACAGACGUCUUGUGACUUUUGGCGACGACUUUCUCUUUAAAGCCCUCCUCUGGACAAAUCUAGGACUGUUGAAUUAGACUAAGCGUAUUCUACUUAAUGUCUUAGCAUGAUACACAUUCAGUCACUUAAGCAGUCCAAACGCAUCAUGUAUCAUAGAAGCUGAUUUUUUAUUUAACGUGUUUGUCUGUGUUUUACUUUCGCCAUCAGACCACCAUCGUAUCAUUGUCAAUGUGGUUUACUACUGAUAAGUUACACUGUGAACAAAAUGACACUAAAAAAAUCUAUUUAAAGGAAAUCUUCCAUUUCUAUGAGUUACAUGAAGGAUAAUUAAAUAUCUAUGGAACUGAAGGGGAUGAAUGUAUUUUCAGAAAUAAAAUACAAUGUGACCA